AAAAUUGAAAAUAUCCGUCGACGAAACAUCAUAAUCUUUGUCGAAAAAUAAAAAUUGAUCUAUUUGGUGGAGCGAAUUAUUAAAGAAAGAAAGAAAAAAAAAAAACAAGGAAAACCCUAUUCCGACUCAUAAAAUAGAAAGUAAUAUUUAUAUUAAAGAAUUUUAAUUUAAUCGACAGUAAUAUGUUUUAGCGUUUACGAAAAAAAAAAGAAAAAAAAAAAAGAAAAGAAAGAAGAAAAGGAAGAAAAAAGAACGAACGAAACGACCUCCAAAAGCCACGUUGGUUGUUGUUGCACGUUCAGUUUCGUAAAUGCUAACGAAUAAAAUCAAUGCUUAAAAGCAUUGUGUACUCGUUUUGUAAAAUCAAUUGUGAAUGACGUUGCUCUUUCGAAAUGCUGUUAAACGACUAAUCGAGGAAGUGCAAAUAUCGAAUUUCUCUCUAUUCGCAUGAUACGAUUGUCUCCCUAUAAAAGUAUAUAAAGAUAAACGAUUUAUAAAUAUUUGUAAUAAUCAAUGAUAGUGAAAGUAAUAAAAAGGAAACCUUGAUCGAGUACAUAUGUAUAUAUAAAUUUAUAUAUGCAUGCGCGUAUAUAUAUAUAUAUUUUUUAUGACUCUUUUUACUCAUUUCACUGUUCAUUGUUUAAAAAUAUUUAUAAAUCUUUAUAUACUUUUACAUACAUAUACAUAUAUACAUAUAUAUGACAAAUAUAAUAAAUGUAUACUUAAACGUUAAAUAUAAUCGGUCAUACAUAGAGAAUGAUAAUAGUUAUUAUCAUCCGGCAAUUAACUAUGCUCCCUUGGUGGGUUCCGGGAUCAGUUAAGGAAACAGACAUAGAGGGAAUAGAGAUAGAGAGAGAGAGAGAGAGAGAGAGAGAGAGAGAGAGAGAGAGAGAGAGAGAGAGAGAGAGAGAGAAAGUUAGAGAACGGGGAUGAACGAGUAAACAUUCCACGAGGGAGAGAGAAAGAAAAAGAGAGAGAAGAAAUGUUCGCUAUCCCGCGUGUCGAAUAAACUCACAUAUCUAACUGUGGGUAAGAGUGAGCAAGUGAAUGAGGGAGACAUAGAUAAAGAGAAAGAGAUAGAGAGAGAGAGAGAGAAAGAGAAAGAAGAAGAGAGAUGAAUAUAUGGAGAAUACGAACGGUUGAGUAUGAGACUAAGUGAGAAAGAAAGGAAGAGAGAGAGAAAGAGAGAGAGUAAUGGUGCCUACCUACUAGGAACACGAACGAGAGAACUCAGAAGAGCAGAAGUCACCUGCAGCUUCAAGUGGAUUACUGUCUGACUGUUUCCACCCUUCUCGACUACCACCACCAUUGCCAACACUGAUACACUCAAGUAUAUGUAGCCGUUGACAAAAGAGAAAUGGACGAUGAAUGGACAUACUCCUAAGGGACAUGAACGUUACGUGGCGAUGACAAGCCUGAUCUUGGAGAACGCGGACUUAAACCGACUUUUUCCAAAAUGCCGGCCUAGGGGCGGCCCACCCCCGCCCCCGGGGGGCUCCACGCAGAACAGUCAGCCGCAUGACGACAACCCUUGCCAAACGGAGCCCGCCUCUGUUACCACCAUCACCACGUCCUCCACCGUCACGAUUGCCGUUUCUGCUAACGAAACCACCCCUCCUACAAAUCUUGUUUCUGUCAUAUCUGACGACAUGAUCGACCUUGAACGCGACACCUCCGACAGGUAUAGGAAACGAGCGAAUGGCAGAAAAAAAUCAGCUUCGCUGUCCCGUAGGACGGCGAGCGUGGUGGCCGGUUAUGGUGCCGAGGGCCAACUGCCAAUCGGUACGUCUACGAAGAAGCCAUUAUCCUCGAGCUCGUCUUCGGCAUCGGGACGAAGCGAGGAUGCACCUCAAUAUGGGAGCCUGGCGGGUAGCGAUCAUCAGACGCAAUCGCAACAAGAGGACAGUGGACCCGAGGAAAGUCCCGUUUAUAUUUUGACCUCCGCUAAAGGAGAUCGCAGCUACAAAUUACGAAACUCCAGAAUCAUAGAAAUCGCUGGUGGUCGAGAAGUUUUCUCUCAAAGCCGAGGAAAAGUAGCAGCAAGGAAAUCUCGCUUUAACGCUGCAUCGAAUUCAUUAAAUAACGAGGAUACUCAAGCAGACAACAAAUUAUCCAUUAAGAAAAAUAAUAAGUCUCCGAGCACACAAACUAUUUGGGAAUUACGAAGUCGAUGUGGUGAAACAAGGAAACAACGUACGAACCGAGAGGUUACAGAAACUGUAUUCUCAUCUGAGGUGCACUCAGUACGACGUAAUCCUACUAAGUCUAUCCUUGAUUACGAUUCUCCUAAAAGUAAUCGUAGCAAUUGUAUUAUUAAUUAUGAUUCGAUUUUAAAUAGCAAUAAUGUAGAAUACAGUGUACCUAAAAGUAUUACUGAUCUGGAUUAUGGAUUACCAAAGAACUGUGUAGAUUAUCAAUCAAACCACACUACACCAGCAAGAAGUAUGGCUAUUGUUAGUGAUGGUGAAGUGGUGGUAUUCGAUGAUAUAGAUGAUAAUUGGCAAGGUCUGCGUUUGGAUUUAGCAUCAAAUAAUACGACUCAAGUUACUACAACAAAUAUAGAUUUGGAAACAGAAGAUCAACAGAGAGGUCGUAUUCCUCCUGAACCACCAAGUUCUAGUGUUGGUAGUACACCAAGUCCUACAACAGCAUAUCACCAUAAUACAUCUGAAUUCUUUAAGGUCGUAACAACAGCAAGUGAUUGUGAAAUAGAUUCACCUUCGCCAGAGCGUAAUCAUAAAGUAGCAAGAGUAAUAGGAGAACUACCAAUCGCACAGUAUUCAGGAAGUCCAAGACGUUAUGGCGUUCGUGAAAAUCCACAACUUCCUAGUUUGUUGUCAUCACCCUCUGUAUACAUGACACCAAGACCUGGCUUUCCACAAAGAGUAUUACCAACAACACCCAAUCAUAAAGAGAAGGAGGAUACCUCUGCUGAAAUUAUUGUAGAAAAACCUGUGAUAGAAACAACCAUAGCUCACACGGAAGAUCAAUCGAUAAAUAUUUCACCAUCGUCUCCUAAAAUUGAGGAUGAAGAAGAAGAUUCAUUGAAACCACCAGCUUUACCUACUGACAAUAUAAGUAGUCUUGUAUCACCAGGUGGUAGUACUUUUGAUUACUUAUAUGAAUUUUCUGAAACUCGAAAAGUAUUAGAAGAAUUUUUCAAAUGUCCACCUCCAUCCAAAGAGAAAGAAAAUAGCAUUGAAUCGUUUCCAUUCCAAGAUUUGGAUUAUGAGUUGCGAAGACAAGGAGGAAGUGCAUAUGUAGGUCAGCGUUUAGCUAGUGGUCCACCCCCAACUGAGGAGGUUAUGGUACACGAGUCACCAAAAAAGCAGAGACCUGAUUUUCCUCAAAAUACUGGCGAACAUGAAAACAAUUUUUUGGAUCUCUCAGUAGGCACUGGAAGCAGUGAAGACCUUGGAGAGACAGAAGUUGGCUUACAGGUUGGCCACUCACGUAAUUUUACUUUAAGUCCUGAAACAACUGACUGCGAUAGCAAUUGCGGAGAUUUAGAUAGCGAAGUUUCUCUAAUGAUGAUGGAUAAUGAAUUAAUGCCAGCCAGUGGUUUACUUGGUUCAGUUGGAGAUUUAGGAAAUAAUUCGGAUUCUCUUAGAAUCUAUACGAGUAUGCCUGUAUUGGAAGACGGUUUAUCAAGUGGACAUGCCAGUGACACAGAUAAUAAUAAUCCAACGGUAAUGCUUAUGAAAAGGCAAAUAAAUGAAAUAGAGAAAGAAAUCAUUCAAAGGACGCGCAAUGACAUGUUAGGAACUGAAAAUGAAUCUGGCAAAGAUGUGAGUUUAAAUGUCACAAAGGAUAUUUUACAUUCGUUGAAAACAUCGUCACCUGAUUUAUUUAUUGCGAAAAAGGAAAACUCAUAUGAGACCAAUGAGUUACAACUUGAUGGAUUAGAUCCUUUGGGUACACCUCCACCACCGGCACCUCAAGGUAGACAAAGUGUCAAUUUGGAAAUAGGUGGUGAGGUAGAAGCAGCUAUUAAAGAUAUUAGAAUGGCAUUACAAAGAACUAAAACACUUCCUGUUAAAUCGCCAUCUGAAGAACCACCAGAACCAAGUGUUAGUCCUAUUUGGAUACCAAGUAUAUUGGAUUCCAGGCGGAGAAUAUGUAUGGAAAGUAAUAGCGAGGAUUCGGAAGCUCGACGAGCAGGUGAUGAAGCUGACGUAGAAAUUGAAGAAGGUCCGGACGAAGAAGAAGCGGACACUGAUCUUGAGACUGAUCGAUUAUUAGGACAACAAAGAACUGAUGAUCAAGGAUUUUAUGAUGAUAAAGGGUGGCGGAAGCCUAAGACUAGGACAAUGUUACCACCAAUGAGUGCAAAAAUCGCAACUCCUAAGCAAACCCCUCCUAAAACCUUAAGUGUUACUCCUAUAGAAACGCUAGCACCGUCCGAACCUUUGCCGUCUACGUCUACUUCCAUUUCUCCACCUCCUGUAGUAUCUGUUAUUCAAUCAUCACCUUCUGAACGCGAAGUAACUACCCCUACGCAACCUGCAACAAGUCCACCGAAGACCCCAGUCAAAAAUUCUCCCUCGUCUCCCCAGAGUCUGAAGGAAUCCAGCAACAAGGUGAAAAAGGAUAAAGAAGGAAAGAAGAAAAGUCGAAAUAAAGAAGCAUUAUUGGACGAUCCUUCAGUGUUGAUCGAAGGUGUAUUGUUCAGAGCAAGAUACUUAGGAUCUACACAAUUAGUAUGUGAGGGUCAACCAACAAAAUCAACUAGAAUGUGUCAAGCAGAAGAAGCUGUUUCUCGAAUAAAGGAUGGGCCAGUGCCAAUGCAGGCUACGCUCUUAAACUAUGGGGGGCAGCAUGGUUACGGCCGCUGCAGCAUUACUUCACAAGGAAGCCUAGAGGAAGACGAAUGUGACUCAAGCGAAGAACUUAUAGGGAGUGCUUCUGGUGGGGGCCAGUCCGAGACACACACAAUAGCCGCCCAACCAAAACUGGCCCCGAUCAGUGGCUCCUUGGGCCCCACAACCGUUUUCAGACUACAAUUUCUUGGGUCGGUGGAGGUGGAAGAGGAAGGGGGACGUAAACGGCGUAAGCGCCUUAAGAAUCACAUGGUGGAAGAGGCUGUGACUAAAAUAAAGGCAUUGGCACCAGAUGGAGAAACUCAACCCAGUACCGAAGUCGACCUAUUUAUUUCAACAGAAAAAAUUAUGGUCCUUAACACUGAUUUGAAAGAAAUUAUGAUGGACCAUGCUUUACGAACAAUCUCGUACAUAGCAGAUAUCGGUGAUUUGGUCGUUCUCAUGGCCCGAAGACGAUUCGUACCGCAUGAGAUGGAAGAAGCCCCCAAGAUAAACAGGACUCCUAAAAUGAUCUGCCACGUUUUUGAAAGUGAAGAAGCUCAGUUUAUUGCACAAAGUAUCGGACAAGCAUUUCAAGUAGCUUACAUGGAGUUCCUAAAAGCAAAUGGAAUAGAAGAUCAUAGUUUUGUUAAAGAAAUGGAUUAUCAAGAAGUACUUAAUUCGCAGGAGAUAUUUGGCGAUGAGUUGCAAAUGUUCGCAAAAAAGGAAAUGCAGAAAGAGGUGGUUGUACCAAAAGCAAAAGGUGAAAUUCUUGGUGUAGUAAUAGUUGAAUCUGGAUGGGGCUCUAUGCUGCCAACUGUAGUUAUAGCUAAUCUAGCACCAGCUGGUGCUGCUGCUCGUUGUGGGCAAUUGAAUAUUGGUGAUCAAAUAAUAGCAAUUAAUGGCGUGUCGUUAGUUGGCUUACCUCUAUCAACAUGUCAGACAUAUAUAAAGAACUCAAAAAAUCAAACGGUCGUAAAGUUAACUGUCGUACCAUGUGCACCUGUUGUUGAAGUGAAAAUUAAGAGACCUGAUACGAAGUAUCAGUUAGGAUUUAGUGUACAGAAUGGGGUGAUAUGCAGUUUGUUAAGAGGUGGUAUCGCAGAAAGAGGGGGAGUAAGAGUAGGUCAUAGAAUAAUCGAAAUUAACAAUCAGAGUGUUGUUGCUGUACCACAUGAAAAGAUCGUUAAUCUUCUUGCCACCUCUGUCGGUGAAAUCCUGAUGAAGACAAUGCCCACUUCGAUGUUUAGGCUGUUAACUGGCCAGGAAUCUCCAGUGUACAUAUAAACGUUCAGUUGCCUGGCUGAUGCGUAGUGAACAGACAAUACAUCCGCCAUCCACUACCACACUAUUUACCACUUUAUUGUACAGAUUAUUUCACGCAAAUUGCUUUGUGUUACAAUUCCAAUGGAGCAGUUCAUACAUCACCAGCGCUCCUGCUUAGUAAACCAAGACUACCUAGGUAGGUUACUGAAACAUUAUUGAAUAUUUACCCGAGCAUAAUUUAUAUAAUUAUUGUGAUUACCUUAAAUAUACAUAAUAUAUAUAUAAAUAUACACCUUAAUUAAAUUAAUGAGAUUUUCUAUGGCAAGUCCUUUGAAAUGCCUUUGAAAAAUUCACUCUUGAAAAAUUGCAUUCCCAUGAAGGAGAAUAGUUGGUCCUAGUGUCUAAAGCUUCAAGCAAGAGUUGCAACUACUCAGACGAAUAUGAUGCAAUAAUUCUUGAGCAAAAGGAAUAAUAAUAAUAAUAAUAAUAAUAAUAAUAAUAAUAAUAAUAAUAAUAAUAAUAAUUAAUAAUAAUAAUAAUAAUAAUAAUAAUAAUAAUAUUAAUAUUAAUAAUAAUAAUAAUAUUAAUAAUAAUAUUAAUAAUAAUAAUAAUAAUAAUAAUAAUAAUAAUAAUAAUAAUAUAUACUUCUCUUGCUUUUCAUAUCCGUCAUUUUCUCUUUCCACAUAAAAGCAAUCUUGUAUAAUGUACAAAAAGGAAAGACAAAAAAAUUACUAAAGAGAUACAUCCUUUAGUCAUAUGUAAACCGAUUUUAAGAUUAACAUUAAAUCUACAGUGCAUGUGCAUCUGUAUAGUGACAAUGCUAAAGCAUUCAGGCUAAUCCAAAUCAUUGUAAUUGAUAUAAAUGUAUAUGCUUUAUUUUAUGUAAAAAAAAAAAAAGAAAAAAUGAUACUAAUCUCUAAUAUCAAUUGCCAUAGAGGAUCACAUUAUUUGCGCCAAGAAAGACGCUAGGCGAUGCAGAUGAUGCAGUGCACAUGAUUAUAAAUAGCACAAAGCUCUUUAUUGAUAUUUAGAGCAGGGCUGAACUGUAUAAUAUAUUAUAGCUAAUGACGUAGUAAUAUUUAUAAAACAUGUUGUCUCUUCUCAUCUUUUGGAGACUCAACUUAAAUCAUUCAUUUAAUCUUUUUUAUCCUUGAGCUCGUCAAUGCUUGAGGCACAUUGCCCAAGUUUAUUAAUUUGUACUAAACUACAAUUUGUCUAUUAUAGAAUUUUCAAUGCAUAAGUCUCGUGAUAUAUACAUAUAUGUUUAUAUAUGCAUAUAAAUAUAUGCAUAUAUGUCAUGUAUGUCUCUCGUCAUAGUUAUAUAUAUAUAUAUAUAUAUAUAUAUAUAUAUAUAUAUAUAUAUAUAACUAUAUGUCGUACAUAUAUAUGUCAUAGUAAUUAUAUAGAAGAGUCAGCAAACAUAACAAAAAAAAGGAGUUCCCUGAAGUACUUUUCAUUCUUAAAUUUUUUUUUCUUUUUCUUUUUUCUUUUUAAGCUGCUCUGCUUUAUUAUCUCUUUCUAUAUUAUUGGAUGGUGACAUUUGUAUAGGAUAUGCGUACAUAUAUAUGCAGAUAUCAACAGGGCUAUUAUAUGUAAUUCUAUUGUAACAAAUUGAAUAUAUAUGAUAAUGAUAAAGCAUGAAUAUGAAAAAUGUAUGUACAAAAAAGUACAAGUAAAAAAAUCUUAUAUUCGCAUAUAGCCCAGAAGAACAGACACGAAAUGCAUGUCGCACAAGUUAUAUACGAUGGCUGAUGAUUUGAUUGGAAUAUUAUACAAAAUGAUUAUAUAAAUAACGUUUGCAUUUUGAUGAGAUUAUUUUAUGGAUAAAGAAUUGUAUUUAGCAAAUGUAUAUUUAUUAGAAUAAUCCGAUUUAUCAUUUUCCUUGAUUUCUGCAGAUAUGUAAAAAAAAAAAAAUAAAAAAAAAAAAAAAAAAAAUAAAAAAAAAAGAAAUUGAGGGUUGGCCAUAAAAAAUAUUAUUAUAUACAUACAUGACAUAAACAACUAAUUGCGUACAAUAUUUAUAUACUAUGACAAUGUAAAAACUGCUAAGCUGACAGAUUUCAAUAAGGCUUGUGUAAGCCUUUUAUUUUAGUCAGCAUCCAAUGAAUUGGUUAUUCAGAAGAAUUCCUAAAUAUUAUAGCGUUGCCAUAUUUGUGAUCAUAUUAUGAGAGAUACAAUUUAUUUUACUGAAACUUAUAAAUCUUCACACAUUCUCACCUAAGGCAAAAUUUCCUCUAGAUAUUCUUAUUGGAGUCUGUAGUGGCUGGUUGUGCGCACUUAGUGUAACUUUAAAAUGCAUUGGUAUGCAAUGUAUAAUCCAUUACACUUGAGUCACUGUAGCACUGUGUAUUAUAAAAUUGUUCUAAAAUAUACAGACUGAUGCAAUCUAUGCUAUAAAAAAAAAAAUAUAGGAUAAAUUAUCCAUUCCACAUAUAUGUAAGCUAAAUAAAUUAUACCAUCAAUGAAAUGGUAUCUCUCUUCUAUAUAAGUACUGUGUAUUAUAAUAAUCUAAGUUGUAUCUAUUUUUGCUGAAAAUUUCUCACCUUUAAACUAUUCUGCUUAGAAUACCAAGAAAUAUAUGCAGUGGUGCAAAUUUUAGAAUUCCUGGUGUUUGAUAAAAUUUCAAUGCCAAAGUACAUUAAGUAAUCAGCAUUUUAAAAUUGAAUUUUGUGUGCAUGUGAUUUGAACUGCAAAUAAUCAUUUCGAUAGACGAUUAUGGAAUAUAUUUAUAAAAUUCUAUUCUCUAUAAUUUUAUAUAUAAAAUCUUUAAAUUUAGAGAAUACGUUAAAAUUACCUCAUUGCUUUUUUGGCAUUCUCAUAUAUUAAUAGAUAAUAACAUUCCAUAUUUUUGUUUGAAACAAAGUUGUUGAUUAAAUUAUUAAAGUAAAUAGCUAAUCCACUAUUACCCAACAUUUCUUACGUAAAAAUUCUCUGCGAAAGAUAAAGAGAGAAUAUAAUAAAGAUAAUAAAGUCGAAGGAAGAGUCGAGGACAACACUUUAGUAUUGUCAACGCAUUAGUCAGAUUUAAAAUUGCAUUAGAGUAAUUUGGGGAGAAUGAUUACGUUAGAAAUGUUUAUUGAAAUAUAUAUAAAACUAAAAUAAAUAAAUAAAUAAAUAAAUAAAGAACGAAAGACAUACGUAAAUAUACAUGUAAAUGCAUAGGUUACAACAUAAGUCAUAGGAAAAAGAGAAAAGAUAAUUGACUAAAAAAGAAUAUAUAAACUGUACAAAAUAAAUGUUUUGUUGUUGUUUAAAUUUAUGAGUUGUAAGAAAAAAGAUAAUAUAUAUCAUAACAUCAAUUUAGUUUACAUGGACAGAGGAAGAACUAUCAGGUACAAGUUCAUAUACAUAUUUUUUAAAUGAGAAUGUAAAAACUCAUGUGGAUAAACUUUUCUUUAUACUUUGAAUUAAUUUUCCAAUGAAAACAAAAUCCCCCUUCCUCCACAUAUAAUAUACACACGCAUAUAUAUAUAUAUAUAUAUAUAGACUAUGAAUAAUGUUCUGACCUAUGUACAAUAAUUCUAUUAAUUGAAAAAAUAUAUAGAAAGCAUAUUAUAAAUUGCAUAUCACGAAGAAAUCUAUAUCAUUAGAAACUACACACAUUCAUUCUUUAUGAAUAAAUCAUAUUUAAAAUAUGUGCAAAAAGUAUUAUACUUUGCAGAAAUAUCCAGAUUUUUGGAUUUAUCGUGUCAGUGUAUACCAAUUAAAAAGGCAAUGAAUUUUGGCAUAGAAAUUUUUAUCCAUAUAUUUGAUGAGCAACAGAGCGGUACGAAUAUGAUAUAUGGGAUCAAACAAGAUGUUAUUAGAUUGGGUGGCUGAAACUUAUCUAGUCAUUAUGCUAAAAAUGUAUGAAAUUAAUACUCAGCCAUUGCAAGCCACCCUGACUGAAUGUGUCUAGCCACAUUUUAAAUAACACAUCUGCAACUAACUUUAACUGUCCAUCUGAUCUUGCAUGGUCAUUUCUUUUGUCUAUUACUAUUAAAAUAUAGUAUUACAUAGGUUAUUGUUAAAAGUAUGUAUUAAGUGUCUUAUCUCCGUGUAUCGUUUAUACAUAUAUAUGUAUAUAUAUGUAUAAACAUAUAUAUAUAUAUAUAUAUAUAUUAUUUUUGUUUUAUAUUUCUAAUUUUAGUAGUUCGAAUUAUUUUAUGUUCUAACAAUAUAUGGCUUGUUAUGGUCACAAUAAAGAGUAAUAAGAUAUAUUUGCAAGUAUAUAAAUCUACAAAAAUAAAUCAAUUAAUGGAUAUUGAAUAAUAUAUUUGAAAUUAAUCCAGGAAUCUUUCUGAAUAUAUAAAUUAAUGGAAACAAAAAUAUCUUUUGCUAGAUAAAUAUAACUGUUAACGCGAUAAGUGUAAUGCCAUAGUAAGCCAAAGAUUACUUCCAGAUUUUUGUAAAAUAUUAUGUUUAUAUUUUUCAACAACUUGACAAUGAUAUGAUUGUGCAACGUCAGUUAUGAGGAAUAGAUUCAAAAUUGCAGGGAGAAUCGUUACCGAAAAAUAUUCGAAAUAAAACCGUUCGUAAGAGAAAUAAAAAUAAUUAUAUCUUAUACAUUCAUAGAGCUUGCGCUGUAGCUUUCACUAGUCAUGAGAGACACACUACAAAUUGUCAUGACUAAUCUCUCUCUAUCAAUGUGUGUGUUUGCGAGUGUAUAAUAAGUUAAAAUUAUAAGUGAGCUAUAUUGAAUGUGUAUAUGGUAAUUACUAUACUAGUCCGUAUUAAGGUAACAAUAAAAUGUAAUUUUGAAUUCAAAUUCAAAAUGCAUCUAUGUAUUUCUGUGUCACUGACCUGCAGUGAGAUGCCUUAAGAUUUAAAGUUUCAACAGAAUAGUUGCAACUCUUAUAAUAUACAUCACGUACUUGUAAGAAAAAACGAUUAUUCAUUAUUUAUUUAUUAAUGCAAAAGUCAAAUUGUUGCUCAUUACGAAUAUUUAUAGAGAUACGUUGGACAACUGCAAUUUAUAAUAACAAUAACAACAACAACAAUAAUAAUAAUAAUAAUAAUAAUAAUAAUAAUAAUAAUAAUAAUAAUAAUAAUAAUAAUAA